CUUCAAAUGCUUCCAUUGAUCUCUACUACUCCAGUUCUGAAUCUUAGCAUCCUUCUCCACCCUAAACAAGUUGUUGUGAAUGGCUAGCAAGGAACAAGAUGAUCAAUCUCAUGAACCAGAUGUUGCUCAUGAUCAUGAAUCACAAACAACUCCAAAACAAGGAGGCUGGAUCACAUUUCCGUUCAUCAUAGGGAAUGUAUUUGGGAUGACAUUGAGCUUCAGUGGAGCCACAGGGAACAUCGUAGUAUAUCUGAUAAAAUACUACAACUUCAAGAGCAUAGACGCAGCUCAACUCAUCAACAUCAUCAAUGGCUCCUCCAGCUUCUCUCCCUUGCUGGGCGCCAUCAUCUCCGACUCCUUCAUCGGCUGCCUCCCCGUCAUCAUCUUCUCCUCGAUUGCCUCUCUCUUUAGUAUCAUCAUACUCACACUUACAGCGGGAAUCAAAGCAUUCAGACCAUCAAACUUGCACACUUUACCGACCAGUUCCCAACUAGGACUUCUAUACACAGCGUUAGCCUUAUACGUUGUGGGGACUGGUGGCACAAGGUACAACAUAAUGGCCAUGGGAGCUGACCAGUUGAGCAAUGUGGAUGACCAAGACGUCUUCUUCAAUUGGUACUUCAUAGUUUUCUACAUGGCAGGAGUCAUUGGAAUCACUGUUAUUGUCUAUAUUGAAGAUAGCAUUAGUUGGGUGCUUGGAUAUGGGAUUUGUUCAGCAGUGAAUGCUCUGGCUGUGCUUUCUUUGCUUCUUGGACUUAAAUAUUAUCGUCGGCCAGGGCUGAAAGAGAACCCGUUUAUAGCAAUUGCACGUGUCAUUGUGGCUGGCUUUAGGAAGAGAAAGUUUGAAUUGUCGACGGAGACGGUGGCUUACUACCACCAUCCAUCGGAGAGAGCUGAUCAGCCGCCUUCUCAAACCUUCAGGUGCAUGAACCGAGCAGCGGUGAUACAACAAGGGGACGUAGCCAUAGACGGCAACAUAGCCCGGUCAUGGAGUUUGUGCACUGUUAAAGAAGUAGAGGAUCUAAAAACCCUAAUCCGCAUUGUUCCCCUCUGGACUUCCACCAUCACCAUCAGCAUCUCCAUCGCCACCCAAGCCAGCCUCUCAGUCCUCCAAGCUCUAACCAUGGACCGUUCUCUCGGCCCCCGUCUCUUGGUCCCCGCCGGAUCCUUCUACGUCACCACCUUGCUCACCACUUGCCUCACCCUCUUCAUCCUUGACCGUGCCAUCUAUCCUCUCUGCCACCGUCUCACCUCCUAUACUCCCACGCCUCUCCAACGCAUCGGCAUUGGCCAAGCUUUCAACAUCGCUGCUAUGGCUGCCUCCGCUCUCGUCGAGCGCCAGCGUUCAACCAUUGUUCAUGAACACCAAGCUGAAAGCCAACCUGCCUGGAUUGUGCCGAUGUCGGCGUUUUGGCUUGUGCUGCCUUGCAUGCUCACCGGCAUCGGAGAAGCCUUUCAUUUUCCGGGACAGAUAGCAUUUUACUACCAGGAGUUUCCUGAAUCUUUGAAAAGCACAUCAACGGGGAUGAUUGCGGUCAUUUUGUCAGUAGGGUUUUAUAGCAGCACAGGACUUGUGGAGGUGGUCCGGCGAGCCACCAGUUGGCUGCCGGAUAACUUGAACUCAUCUAGAUUAGAGAAUGUCUAUUGGUUGUUGACAGUGAUGACUAGUAUCAACUUCACUUACUAUAUUUUGUGUGCUAAGCUUUAUAAGUACAAGCGAGACAAGAAUGUAGUUGUGGCUGCAAACUCUGAACAGUACUGCCUGUAGACUUCAGUGGGUGAUGUUGUUGAUGUUGUAGUUCAUAUUAUGAAAAUUUUAUUCUCAA